UCCUCCAGAAGUUUCUCCGCGAGCCAGGAUCGACCCAAACUCAAGCCCUACUUCCAAGUCCAAGGUACUCCGCAAUUUUUGUCUUGGAGAUCACAACCUCUGCUUCUCCAUCCAAGCUUUGAUGAUACUGGCGAGCUCAGUUGUUACUUGUAUAGCUGUCCUGACUGGAUGUCCGUUCAUCCUUACAAUUUUGCUGCGUUAUCAUCUGAUUCUUUGGCGAAUAUGACGGUAGCAUUCGCUUUUUGUUUUUCUGACUCGAAAACUACUGGUAGCUACCAGCUAUGAUCACCGGAGCGAUGGUGCAAGUUGUUUUAAAAUCAUUUUUUCCAUUCGCUCUUUUGCUAUCCGAUUCAGUUUCCUCCUCUUUCUCCUCAAUUUCAUGUUCCAGGGCGAUUCGUUUUGCAUACCAGCGAGGAUGAGGCCGGUCUUUGUGGGCAACUUUGAGUACGAUACCCGCCAGUAUGAGCUGGAGCGUCUCUUCUCCAAGUAUGGGAGGGUUGAGCGUGUCGACAUGAAAUCUGCUUGUGAACUAAAAUAAUGACAUAUGAACCUGCGGGAUAAGAAUGCGGCAGCAGCCACGAAUCUGCAUUCUAUUCAGAUAAGACCUCAAUGUUGCUUUGCAUUUGUCUAUUUCGAGGAUGAGCGUGAUGCUGAAGAUGCUAUCCAUGGCCUCGAUAAUGUCCCAUUUGGUUAUGAUAAACGCAGAUUGUCUGUUGAGUGGGCUAAGGGUGAACGUGGACGGUACAGAGAUAGUACUAGGUCGAUGCCGAACCAGAGGCCCACUAGGACGCUGUUUGUUAUAAACUUUGAUCCCCUUCGCACAAAGGCUCGUGAUAUAGAAAGACACUUUGAGCCCUAUGGGAGAAUACUUAAUGUUCGAAUCCGGCGUAACUUUGCAUUUGUGCAGUUUGAGACACAAGAUGAUGCUACAAGAGCUCUUGAAUGCACUCACAUGAGCAAGAUGUUAGAUAGGGUGGUAUCCGUUGAAUAUGCUUUGAGAGAUGAUGAUGAGCGGGAUGACAUCAGAGGAAGUUAUGGUCGGCGUGGGAGUAGUCCUUAUGGGCAGUCGCUGAGCCCUGGAUAUCGUCGUCGCCCUAGCCAUGAAUAUGGUCGUGCUCGCAGCCCUGGUUAUGACCGAUACAGUGGCCUACCUUACGGAAGUCCUGUUUAUGAUAGAAACAGGACUUCAGAGUACAGAAGAUAUCGCAGCCGCACACCCAUUCGAAGAUAAAGAACUUGGUGGCUUUUCUGCGAGGAUCAGCAUCUAGCUUUUCGACCAGGCUUUGCAAUGUUGGCUUGUGCAAGAGAUGCUCUCUCUCUCUCUCUCUCUCUCUCUCUCUCUCUCUCUCUCUCUCUCUCUCUCUCUCUCUCUGUGCAUAUGUGCACUCUGAAAGUAUACCUGGUUAUUGAUAGCUGUAGUUAUCUUUUCUCGUUUCCUGGUUACCAUGGAUAUAGUUGCCAGUUACAGCACAGAUAUCCUAUAUCUCUUUGCCCGACUGAUCGAUUUUAUUGAUUUGCUUCAACUUGGA